AUGCGGGAGACUGACGGGACAAAAGGCAAGCAGAUGGCUGCCGAGCAGUCUCAGAGUGUGCGGCCGAGUGCUCGUCUGCAUACGCUGAACGAUGGCGUCCAUAUACCUGCUGGGAGCUCAAGCGCGGCUGGAUCUCCCUUUGUGAACCCAACGUCGACCCUCCUUCAGAACCUCAUCAACGAACAGCGCGCUUCUCGUGGUCCUCGAGCCAGCUCUGCCUGUGAACAGCAUCAUGUCGAGAACAGUCCCCAGGCCCCUAAUACUGCUGCAACUACAGACCAACAAGAGGACUCGUCCUCUGAAAAGCAGCGCAAGAUUAACAAUGCCCUGUCGGCAGGCCUCAAACAGCCCCGCGAGAUGGGAUUCAGGGAGAUGGACCAGUAUGUAUCAAAAUUGAACAAGCUGAACUUCGACCUGAAGCUUGAGGUAUUCCAUCGCACGCAGCAGGUAUCUGCUCUGGAGAAGAAAUUGGAAAAGAUGGAUGAACUCGAAGAGCAGGUUCAGCAUAUGGAACUUAUGGACCAGGAGUUACAAGAACUCCGCGCCACUGAAGAGGAUAACCAACGACUCAGAGAGUCAAACGAGGAACUAAGAUCGGAGCUCGACAAACGAGACCAGGCCGUCAAUGAAGCAGUUGAACUCAUCUGCCAGCUAGAAGCGAAGUUGGAAGCCUUUGAAGCUCAGAGGGAAGAAGAACGCCCUGUGACCGCCAGACCUUGCUCCAGUGACAGCACGGCCGCUGUGUUCCAAUCUAGUUCUCCCCAGGCACUCACGCCCAAGAACAAGAUAUAUCUGGAUGUCCCCGAGCGCACAUCUUCCCGCAGGGAUAAGCGGCCGUCAAUGUCCCGUAGCUACUCCAACCAAAUGGAGGUCCAUGCCCAGACUCCCACUCCUCCUCCAGGCGCCGUUAGGCGUCCGCAGCGUCAGCCCUCCUUUCUUCAGGGAGAGGAUAACAGCACCAGCGCAUUGAGGAAUGUAUAUAUGACGGAUUCAGACAAAUCUCGAACAACAUUCAAUGCCUUUUCCACACGAGGGACUGAUGAUGGAACGCAUGAGAUGGAGUCUCCUAGGUUGAGUGCAUUGAGUGAAUGCAGCUAUCUGGAUCCGCCACAAAGCCCUUCAGACGCAUAUGGACCAGGCCGUUCGAAGCUGAAGGUCAAUACCGACCUUGCUACUGCAAAGAUCCCCAUCGAAGACUCGCGAUCCCCCCGAGACCGUUCUCACAGCGUAUCUAAGAAACCAACUAGCCUUUCACGUAUAGAACACUGGAUGCAGCCUGAUGGGAUGGAAACGACAAGAAUAUCCAAGCCGAAGGAAGCCCGUCAGCAAGAUGCAAUUCUACGAACGCCAACAAACAACCAAUUUGCUCUGCCUGGGGCUAAACAGCCUUCAAAAGGUUCUAACUUUGAACCUCCAUCUUUGGUCAUUCCUCAGUAUCAUGCCGCCAGACUCCCUCCAACGCCAGAUACAAUGAGCACAACAUACGCUGAUAUGCGCAACAAAUCCAACACAAGCAUCAUUGCUGAGCGAAGUCGAUAUGACCGUUCAAGUACUAUUGGACGAACACUUUCCAUUGACCGCACACUCGGACGCCGUCGAUCAGCAAACGACGUUGCUACUACACGACCUAGCACUGCAGAAACAAUUCUGUCCGACGGUCUGGAGACAUGGAGUGACUCGACUCAGCCAGCCUUUAUUACUGAUGAAGAAUACCAGAUGGCAAGCAUGUUUCCAUCCUUUGCGUAUACUCACCGUCCAGCUACCCGGAAUUUUGACCCUGCCCUUCAUGCCGGAGCUGUCAAUGAGUUGGGCGUAGUUAUACCCAAAAACAGGAGCCGUAAUGGUCGUGAAAAGUCUUCCCAGGAACAGAUUCGAAAGGUGUCCAAUGCCCCGUCCCUUACGCCCGAGGAUUGGCUAGAGGCUGCACUGCCUGCUUCUUCCUCCAACGAAGAUAAAGAUAUCAAGCCCGCCCAGCAUCUAUCCUCAGAGCCAAUGGAGCAACCCGCAGGCAAUGAACAGCAAACUACUCCUGUGAGCAACGGCUUCCGCAAUAGAGGUGCUCGUGUCCUUUCUGAACUUCAACCCCGUCGGCGUAUCAACCUGCGUCCUCCAUUCUUCAACAAAACUCCUACCCUUUCUCCUGCGGUCCGAAGCAAUUCCAUAGCAGGCCCUUCUUCGUCCGCCGGAAAUUCACCAGCGACAGGUCCUAAAACUCCACAAAAUGACCACCACGAGACACCCUCCCCCACCACCCACGCAGGAGGCACAACCCGCAGACCAAAGACCUCAGAAACAAACGACCAUAAACGGCGCAGCUCGCACGGUUUCUUUGGCUGGAUGAAAGGUUCCGGUACUGUCAAGGAUGCUGAUCCAUCUCUAACUCCGCCUGCUACGGCAACUUCUGUUCUAUCAGCGUACGCUCAUCCCCAGCACGAUCAACAGAAGGUUCCGUCACACGCACAGACACAAAGAACGCCCGUUCGAGGAAGUACUCGACCUCUCUCUGCACUGGCAUUUACCAAUGACCUCUCCAGUUCUCCCACCGAAAUGAACCCACUCUCUGCUUCAAUGCAUGCAGAGGAGCCGUCUGAUCGACGCUCACGCUUCUCUGUCCGCCGACCACGCAGAUGA